CACUCCCUCGUUCUCGCUCGCACCACCGCUCCACGUAUCCCCUCGCCGCCGCCGCCGCCGCCGUCCGCCGCCGCCAUGCUCCGGCUACGUGGCUGCGUCCUCACCCAGCUCCUCUCUUCUCCAGCCACCUCUCCCGUACCCCAUCUCCGCCGCCUCAUCUCCGCGGCCGCGCCCGCCGUUUCCCCAAACAUCGGAUUCGCCGUGGAGGAGUACCUCGUCGCCACUUGCGGCCUCACGCGAACACAGGCCGUCAAGGCCUCCCCCAAGCUCUCCCACCUCAAGUCCCCCGCCAAGCCCGACGCCGUGCUCGCCUUCCUCGCCGCCCUCGGCCUCUCCGCCGCCGACGUCGCCUCCGUCGUCGCCAAGGACCCGCUGCUACUCUGCGCUAAAGUGGAGAAGACCCUGGCACCCGUCGUCGACGGGCUCACCGGCCUCGGCCUCUCGCGUCCUGAGAUCGCGCACCUCGUCUCGGUCGCCGGCGAAAAGUUCCGCUGUAGAGCCAUCAUCUACAGGCUGCACUACUACCUGGCCCUCUUCGGCUCCUCCGGGAAACUCCUCCGGGUGCUCGACCGCAGCCCCUACAUUCUCUCGUCCAACCUCGAGAGGGUGGUGAAGCCCAACGCCGCGUUCCUGAGGGAGUGCAGGAUAGGUGCUUGUGAUAUUGCCAAGCUGUGUGUCGCUCAGCCGAGGAUGCUCACCUCCAAUGUGGAGCGCGUCCGGGCGAUGGCGGCGCGCGCUGAAGGCCUAGGUGUGCCCCGUGGCUCCAGGAUGUUCUGGCGCAUGCUGAAUGCCCUUGCGUUUCUCCGCGAGAAGGAUAUCACCGCCAAAGUGGAGUACUUGAAGGACACUUUCAGAUGGUCCGAUGCUGAGGUGGGCAUUGCUCUUUGUAAGGCCCCGAUGGUGCUGGCGUUGUCCAAGGACCUGCUGCAGAGGAAGUCGGAGUUCCUGAUCUCUGAGGUGGGGUUGGAACCGGCAUACAUUGCUUAUCGGCCGACAUUGCCCACUUACAGCCUGGAGGGCCGACUAAGGCCCCGGUACUACACUUUGAAGUUUCUUAAGGAAAAUGGAUUGCUAGAUCAUGACCGAGACUACUAUUGUGCAGUCGUGCUGCCAGAGGAGGUAUUCAUGGAGAAGUUCAUAUGCCCCUACAAGGAAGCUGCACCACAACUCGCUGAAGACUAUGCAGCAGCGUGCAAAGGGGAAGUGCCGGCUAGAUUCAGAUUUACAUGAAGCAAGGCCUGUAUGAAAAUUUCAUAACCGGGUAUGACACAACAGAAGUUUCACUCUCUGCAUCAAGCCGUUCAUUCCUCAUGUUAUUGACACAUAUAUUGGAACUAGGAGAGUGUGAGAUCACGGCAUCCUACUAAUGCUUUGAUGUGAGUAGUAUUUCUGCACACUGUCUUUAUGUUCUGAAAUAGCCAUGAAAAUUUUGAACUUCUUUUUCCGCGGGAAACAUUUUUGGAUUUGUUGUUGGCCUGUUGGCCACAAUGUGCUGAUCACUAUUGAGGAUGCAGUUUUGAUCUAGUUCUUCUGAGAUUUCAUUAGUUUGUAUCAAGUUGAUUUGUUUAUUUGUCUCAUGUAUUUUUGGAUGGCCUACUAGCUGAUACUUUUCCAGGGGCAUUUGAUCUCAGAACUGAAUAGUUGAGUAGUAGGCUAGUGGCAUUUUUCUUGACAGUUUACUUGUAUAUCACUACGACGUAACAGAUAUUUCAAAUGCCCUGGUAUUCUUACCGUAGAAGCAAAUCGAUAGUUGUAUGGUAUAGUGUUGAAAAGCAGAUGUCGUCUCAUACAGUAAAGGAAUUUAUAUUAUGGUAACCCUAGAAAGGCUUAUGACAUCAUUACAAUGUUAAUUCAGCCAUAUCUUUAAGCUAAUUUUAUUCCAUAUUAGCACUAUCUGUAUAGAUAAUGAGGACAUCUUUAUCCCUGAGCAUAGGAUAGUCAAGUGGUUUUAUGCACUAUCCUUAUUUGCAAUUUCUAUCUGGCAAGUCGGUAAAGGAAAAGAAAAAAGGCAGAUGGGAGGCCAUGUUGUAUAGAAUCUUGCAGAAUUUCAAACAUAAACGGAAUAGUAGACUAGACAUGCUAUGCACCUCAAUUUAAGAACCAAUUUGUUUGAGGAUGGUGCAUAUUUGUUUGUUCUUGAUGUGAAACUGGAUAGAUGGUGCUUUUGUCUUUUUCCGGCGGACAAGAUGAAACAUGACGGCCAUGAAUUUGAUAUACUAUGCAUGAUUCUGAAGGCUCUGUUAGUUAAUGAUACCCUGAAGCUUCAGUGACAACUGACAAGUAUGGCCUGACGACAGCAUGGAUUUUAUUCAGGGAAGCUCCUACUUCUCUAACUUUUUUGAAUUUUAUUUUCUGUCCUAUAACAAUCUGACAUGCAUUUUAUUUCUCAAAGAAAGGAGAAAAUGUGCAAGAAAUUUCUAUUGUUAUUUCAGGAUCAAGAUCUUUCGGAUAUCAUACUAUUACUUUCUUCUCUUUAUUUUUGUAAACUCAUGAUGAAAUGACGAUGUGCAUAGCUGUCCAAUGAAUCCACUUAAAUGGGUAUAUUUUCAUGUGAGUGCACCAAAAGUUAAAUGCUUAAAAUUGUUUUACCUUAGUAUAAAGUGCACAUUUAGUCUCUAAUACACCGAAGACCUGUGAUGAAAACCACUUAACCAAGUGUAAAGAGUAGAUGAUUCUCCCAUUCUUAUUUCUAGAAUUCAUUUGUCCAACAUUUCGCUGAAUGUUGUGUGUGCAGAUGCGAGAAAGAAAAAAACUGAAAGAAUGUUGGGCAAGAUUUUGGUGAAGAAGACCGCUAUGGUCCUCCGAUAUUGCUUUCCUCAUUUGUGCACACACUUUGGAUAUUGGAUCUAUUUACUAGUUGCUCAUGCCCUACAAGUGGCGACAUGUGGCGGCAAAAGCGGAAGGAGAAGGCAUUGUGAAUGGGGAAGAUUAUUGCUGAGAACUUGUCGUGGCCCCUUAAAAGUGAGAGAGUUGUUAAGUUUUUGAAAGGUAACUCCUCAAAAUUUUGAGGAAUUAACUUGAUAGGAGGUAGGCUAAAAAAGAAUAUUUUGAGGAGUUAAACCUUUUAAGGGGUUGGCUAGAGAUGCCUUAACUUGUGCGAAGAAAAGAAUCGAUACACAAUGUUGCUCCAACAUUGCUUCACUCAACAAACUAGUUUAUAUCCCGGCGCUCACAUUUGUAUUUGCAUUUCAAUGUGAUCACAUUUCUUUCAA